AUGAUCCUUCCAAAAUUUCAUUGCAUAACCUCAGCCAUCAGUGAUCAUUUUCAUCGCAAGUUCGUACAUGCAGGAGCUCAGACCUUGCUGGCCGCUCUACGGCAGAGAUUCUGGCCUAUUGAAGGCCGAAAAACGGUCUCUGCUGUCAUCAUCAAGUGCACUCAGUUCUUCAAAUUAAAACUUAAACUAGUAGAGCACUUCGUGGCACCACUCCGAGGGGAUCGCGUUCAGCCGAACCGCCCAUUAGUCAUCGCUGGAGUGGACUUUUUUGGGCCCUUCUAUUCAAAGUCCGAGGUCAGAACCAGGCCUCCUAUAAAAUGCUACGUAGCCAUCUUCGUUUGUUUCGCCACUAAGGCUACGCAUUUGGAAGUCGUCGAGGAUCUUUCAACACAAUCAUUUGUUGCAGCUCUGAAAAGAUUCAUAAGCCUGAGGGGAAAGCCUCGAACGAUUUGGUCGGACAACGCAACCAAUUUUGUGGGAGCUAAGAACGAGCUUAUUGACCUGCGGCAGCUGUUCCUUAGCGAUCCUCAACCCAGCGAGUUAUGGAGUUCCCUUACGUCGAUGGAAAUCAAGUGGAAUUUCAUCCCUCCUCGUUCUCCGCGCUUUGGAGGCCUGAGGGAAGCUGCUGUCAAUUCUGCCAAGUACCACUUUGCUCGCGUUGUUGGAAAAACCGUUCUCACAUUUCAAGAGCUGCGAAUGCUAGUUUGUGAAAUUUCAAAAAUGCUGAACUUACGGCCACUCUGUCCCAUUUCAGAAAACCCAGACGACAUCGAUGUCCUGACUCCUGCAAUGUCAUUGUGUGUGACAAAUGCAGCAAAUAUUCUGAAGAAAAUAGAGCACCGAGUACCUCUCGUUGCUUCAGGAGCUGAGAAAAUGGCACUCCCCCGAGCACAACGUGCAGCCAGGCAGCAUGGUCCUCAUCGAGGAGGACGACUUACCCCCUUGCGGUGGCGCCUCGGCAGGGUGGAGAGCACUGCCUCUGAAGGAUAG